UUUCAGGUAUCGUAGCGACACUAUUGGCGGGCAAAAUAGCAACCAUACUGGUGGUGAUCGUGCGCCAGCCUGAGAGUGGGCGGAUCCUGCCCUACAUGGCGCCGUGCGUGCCGUUUGUCCCCGCAGUGGCCAUCUUGGUAAACUCCUACCUGAUGCUGAAACUGUCGCCGCUCACCUGGGCACGCUUCGCUGUCUGGUGCACUCUGGGUAUACUGAUCUACGGUUGCUAUGGGAUAUGGAACAGCUCUUUGGAGAUCAGCACCAGAGAGGAACAGGCUCACGCCAGCACCUACCAGCGCUAUGAUGACCACCUUGACGACACCUUCUCCCCUGACAAUGACCUUGACCCCCAGGACAACCAGGAAGAGGGGCGCUACCAGGGCUGGUCAGCGGAGAAGGGCUACCACUACCAACAGCAAAACCAGGAUCAGAACCAGGAUCCGGAGGGUGACCAGUACCAAAACCACUAUCAAGAUGGCAAUCAAGAUGGCAACCAGUACCAGGAUGGCUCCCAGUACCAGAACCAGUCAGGUUAUCAGUCCGGCCCUCAGGGCUCCUCUAUGGGAUCCAGGGGAAGAACCAAUCAGGGCUACACAGAUCCACAGGAACCCGGGGGCUCCUCUUGUGAUUGACAGCUGCAGUGGAACACACCUACUUCCUGUUUCACUGGGCACUAGAGGAGAGGAAGGGCUCCUGAAUCCCUCAUCAAGCCCCACACCAUAGGCACUUGAGUAGACCUGAGAGGACAGGAGAAGUGAGCUAUAUGGCAACCAUUCCACCUGGUCUAACACUGUGUUAUAAACAUACAUACAACAUGCUGGGUUUAAAAUCUAUCUAUCUAUCCGAGAGUGAAUCAAUUAUCCAGGAGCAAACAUGCUCUUAUACUACCUAUUAGUCUGACUCCACUGGUGUGACAUUGUACAUGGGUGAGUUGGUUGGAAAACAUUUAAGAUUAUUUUGUUUUAAGAGUGUGAUCAUUCAAAAAAUAAAGAAUUUAUUGUUGAAUCAGAGUGUGUAAAUGUGUGCAGAAAGAGUGAUCUGGGUUUUACUGUUGUCUGAUAAACUGUCAAUAAAACAAAUAAAUCUGAGAGAA